AAAUGCGUUCCUCUGUAUUAGAGUUUCCUUGCAGUGAUCUGAAGAAAUGAGGACGAAUAGAGUUUGCUCCAUGGAGGUCGAGCGCAAGAUACUGAGCCUCCUUCACGGCCAUAAAACCCGUAAACAACUUCCGGAAAUCCACGCCCAUUUCCUCCGCCAGGGCCUUCAUCAAUCCAACCAAAUUCUCUCUCACUUCGUCUCAGUAUGCGGUCAUCUCAACAGAAUGGAAUAUGCGAAUCGUGUUUUUUGCCAGACCCAGAAUCCCAAUAUCUUGCUUUUCAACUCCAUGAUCAAAGGGUACUCCCGUAAUGGUCCCUAUGAGGAGUCUCUUUCUCUGUUUUAUUUGAUGAAGAACCGUGGCAUUUGGCCCGAUGAAUACACAUUGGCGCCUCUGCUUAAGGCCUGCACUAGUCUUGGUGAUUUCAGGCCUGGGCAACGUGUUCACGGGGAGAUUGUUAGAGUUGGGUUUGAGAGUUUCAGCGCUGUUGGAAUUGGGGUUGUUGAGUUGUACUGUUCUUGUGGGAGGAUGGAGGAUGCAAAGAAGGUGUUCGAUGAAAGGUCUGAUAGGGAUGUAAUCAUUUGGAACUUGAUGAUUCGUGGGUUCUGCAAUUUAGGGAAUGUUGAUACCGGGUUACAUCUGUUUAGGCAGAUGAGUGAACGAAAUAUUGUUUCAUGGAAUUCGAUGAUUUCAUGCUUGGCUCAAAGUAGGAAGGACAGUGAAGCUUUAGCACUCUUUCAUGAAAUGCUAGAGCAGGGUUUUAAACCAGAUGAGGCUACAAUAGUAACAGUGUUGCCUAUUUGUUCUCGUUUGGGUGCUGUUGAUGUUGGGGAGUGGAUUCACUCCUAUGCUGAAUCAAUUGGGCUCUGUCAAAGUGUAGUCUCUGUGGGAAAUGCAUUGGUGGAUUAUCAUAGUAAGUGUGGAAACUCGGAAACUUCUAUCAAACUUUUCAAUGAAAUGCCUGUUAGAAAUGUUAUUUCUUGGAAUUCCAUGAUUUUGGGUCUGGCUUUUAAUGGAAAGGGUGAACUUGGAGUGGAGUUCUUCAAGGAGAUGAUGGACAAAGGUGAAAGCCCUAAUGAUGCAACUUAUCUAGCAGCCCUAACAUGUUGUGCUCAUGCAGGAUUAGUGGAAAAAGGACAGGAAUUGUUUGCUUUGAUGAGUGAAAAUCGUCAUGUUGAUCUAAAACUCGAGCAUUAUGGAUGCAUGGUUGAUCUCCUUGCACGUAGUGGAUAUGUUAGAAUGGCUUAUGACUUGAUCAGAAGCAUGCCUUUUAGGCCAAAUGCUACUUUAUGGGGUACAUUGCUUAGUUCUUGCCGUACUCAUGGUGAUGUAGAGCUUGCAGAGCUAGCUGCCAAAGAGCUUAUCAAUCUUGAACCAUUGAAUUCUGGUAAUUAUGUGUUGCUUUCAAAUAUCUAUGCAGAAGAAGGAAAAUGGGAUGAAGUAGAGAAGGUGCGGGUGUUGAUGAGAAUGAAGAGUGUCAAGAAGGCACCAGGACAGAGUGCAAUGGGAUGAUUUUGCUAUGCUGGGGUCUACUGUGGUAUAUUUUUGUCUUGGGACUCUUGUACAAAUCUCAGUGAUGAAUUAGUUCUCCAGUAGGUUUGAUUCUUGCAAACACAAAUGACAAGUUGAUGGAAUUUAUACUAUUGGUGAGAGUUCUGCAAAAAUUAGAAGGGACUGGUCCAACCGGAAGAUAAAGUGCAGUAUAUCUGAUGAUAAGUGAAAAUUUAUGCAGGUCAACUUCUCUGGAAUAUAGUAGAUAUAUUUAAACAGUACUUUCAGCAUCUAGUUAAUCCUAACGAGUUUUAGGCAAAGGCUGACACAGGGAAAAAGUGAUCUGCAAUCAGAAUUUAUUACAGAGAAUACAAUCUUCUGGGCCAAGAAAACCAGACCUUUGUGGGUUCCUGCACUGACAUGGUACAUUGUGCUCAAUUUUAUUGGACUCGUAUCUCUGGGAACGUUCCUGAAACAGAUUGUGAACAGGAAUGAAUGAGAAGAAACAUCAACAGUCUCAAACAAUACCAUAAAUUGGUACUCUUCUAUGCCCAACUUCAUCUCACCAUUACAUAUCCAUUCAACUUUCAACGUUUUGAUUUUAGUUCUUUUUCUGGUUUUUGAAGAAUGGGCAGAAAAUGGUAAGAAAGAGUUGCUGUGGAUAUAGCAGUGCCACAACGGCAAAGGAGUCUGUGUCGCCCACCAAAAAGGAAGAAGAUGAGAAACGAGACAUUAAGAAUGCACUCUGGCCGUUUCCAGUGCCACAGAUGUCCUUGAAACUUGAAAGGCGGAGGAGAAGGAGCCAGUGACAGUCAAGAAGGAACCUGUGAAGGUUUAUUCCGGGUGUGGUGGAUGUAGUUCUUAAGUAAUAUCUGAAUGUGGAGUCUAUAACCGGGCUAGGAAGGGCUUUGAUGUUUUCUUAUGUUUUUUUAACUUUCCACAGUUGUUUCUUGCAUUUGAAACGUCUAGUCUUACCUAAGUUUUUUUAUGUUGAUUUGCUGUUAGUCUGUUUUCUG